AUGGGUCCUGUAACUGGAGGCACGAAUGUUACACUAAAGGGCCAGAAUUUCGUAGCUGGACCCCGUCUUGUGUGCAUUUUUGGCUUUCAAGAAGCUACAGCUAUUUACGUAAAUGUUACAACUGCGUGGUGCAUCGCUCCGCCGCAACAACAACCUACCACAAUGUAUAUCAACCUCAAAGCUUUCAGUCCUGAGACGCCAGGACAAGAUUUUACAUCGGAAUCUCAAGCUGUCUACAAGUACUAUCCGCAGCUCGAGUUUCUUGCAAUGUACCCCAGUGAAGUCGAAAUGAACCAAUACGAGUGGUUGUUCCUGGCCAUUUCUACUGUGAUGAGUGCUUAA